CAGUGCGGGCUCGGGCCGGAUGCAGUGUAGGUCUCCGAACUACUGGUCCGCGCUAGACAGGGGUCUCCCGCUUCUGCGUUCAUGGCGUUCCCUAGCAAGGCGGUGAUCGUUCCCGGGAACGGAGGCGGGGAUGUGGCCACUCACGGCUGGUACGGCUGGGUGAGAAAGGGGCUGGAGCAGAUUCCUGGUUUCCAGUGUUUGGCCAAAAAUAUGCCUGACCCAAUUACGGCUCGAGAGAGCAUCUGGCUGCCCUUCAUGGAGACAGAGCUGCUUUGUGAUGAGAAGACCGUCAUCAUCGGCCACAGUUCCGGGGCCAUUGCUGCCAUGAGGUACGCAGAGACACAUAAGGUGUAUGCUCUUGUAUUGGUGUCUGCAUACACAUCAGACUUGGGAGAUGAAAACGAGCGUGCAAGUGGGUACUUCAGCCGCCCCUGGCAGUGGGAGAAGAUCAAGGCCAACUGCCCUCACAUUGUACAGUUUGGCUCCACUGACGACCCCUUCCUUCCCUGGAAGGAACAGCAAGAAGUGGCAGAUAGGUUGGAUGCCAAAUUGUACAAAUUCACCGAUCGUGGUCACUUUCAGAACACAGAGUUUCACGAACUGAUUAAUGUGGUGAAGUCUAUGCUGAAAGUACCAGAAUAGUCAGGAUGACUCCUGCUCUGUAACAUACCAGGAUGGGUAGAAGAACAGCAGCUGUCAUCACAGUACUAGACAUGAAACGUUCAGCUAAGCUAUUAAAGUGCCUGAAAAACAAAACCCAUUUGAACACUCACACUAAGUUACUAGCAUGUUCAGUUCCUAUAGACCUUAAAUCUUCCUGAAAAGCUACUAACUUUAGCAGUAUUGUUUUUUCCUGUUUGAUAAGGGACACAGAGGUUGUUUACCCAUCCUGCUGAUCCCAAGAGAGGUAAGUCAGAAAUAGAAUCCAAAACCAGACGUGGUGGUGUGUCCCUGUGAUCCCAGCACUUCAGAGAAAGCAGGAGAUUGGAGGGGAAGGCUAGCUUUAGCUUGACCCUGUCUCAGAAAAGAAACAGCAAGACAACCCACGUCUCCAGUCUCAUUCCAAAUUAUAACUCACUAACUUUAGCACAGUACAAUCCAUUCCUGAGACCCCAGUACUUAGAAAGCUUGAGGAAGGGAGCUCUUGAGUUUAGGCCUGCCCUGCCAAAGGCUAAGUAUUUAGCAAAAGCCUGUCUCAAAACCUAGAAGAAACCAAAACUUCAGUGACAUUUUUUUUUUCCUUUUUGAAAUAAAAUUUUCCUAUCUUACUGGGGGAAGUAAACAUGAAUAAAGGUCCAGAAUGUUGUCUUCGAACUCUAAACUCUAGCUGCUGUUUCAGGCUGGAUCAAGAGAAGUCAACUCGGGUCUUCAUCUGACAUCCCUGACACCACCUCAUCCGUAGGUCUGACAGGUUGAGACCAACAGAGAGGGAUGCCGACUGGCAGGAUUAGGUCCUAGUGGGAGUGCUACAAUAUAGAAAUGUGACAAGUGUUCCUGUCUUUUGUUAAACUGAGGCGAUAUAGGUAUGUAUACAGUCCCUACAUGAAUAUGGUAGCCGGCAACAACACUGUAACUAAAGGAUUUGCAAAUGCUACAAGACAAAGACCAGGUCAUCUACUUGUGAGUUUGGUCGCAAACAUUUUUAGGUUCUCUAUGUAAAGUCCAAAAAAAGCAUAAGAUAACCAAAAUGAAUGUAAUGCUAAACGGUGGAAAACAAGGGAGCAAACUGUACUUUAAGUAUCUUCAAAAGUAACUUUCCCACAAUGGAGUGUAAUUCUGAAGAGUUCAACCCCUUACCUCAUUCAAGCAUCAUUCCAAGAUUCUGCUUCUACUCAUCUAAAAGUAAGCCGCCCCUUUUUUAAAAUGUACUUUUUGUAUUACAUAUUUGAUAUAUGAAAUGGUUUAAUUAUGUUUCUACUCAUUUGUAAUAUACUUUGACCAUAUGUUAAGAAAAUAAUAAAAUGUUUCUUUCUCAGUA